AUGAACAGACAAGAAAUUAUAAACAUUAAACCAGAAAAGAAGAUAUCAAAUUAUGCUUUUAAUCUAAAGGCCAUUCUUGGUAAAGGUUCCUUUGCCACUGUCUACUUUGGAAGAGAGAUGAAUACUUGUAUAAUAUAUUCUAAUAACAAAUAGAAUUACCUGUAGCUCUUAAGGUUAUUGAUCAUUCCAAAUCUAUAAAUUAUGCUUAAUUAUAUUAAUCAUUACAUUAGGAAAUUGAAAUCAUGAAAAAGUUAAAACAUCCUAAUAUUGUUCAAUUAUAUGAAGUAUAUUCAACCUCAAAUAACACUUAUUUGGUCUAAGAAUAUUGUAAUGGACCAGAUUUAAAAUAAUAUUUAUCAGAAAAAAAAGUCUUAGAAGAAGAAUAAGCAAUCAAAAUGAUAAAAUAAAUAGCAAAUGGAUUAAAAGAAAUAGUCAACAAUAAUUUUAUACAUAGAGAUCUUAAACCAGCCAAUAUCCUUAUUCAUGAUGGCUAAUGUAAAAUUGCAGAUUUUGGAUUUUCAAGACCAUUACCAUUAGAAUGCAUAAUGGAAUCUCUUGUAGGUACUCCUCUUUAUAUGGCUCCCUAAAUCCUUACAAAAUAAUAAUAUACUUCAAAAUGUGAUGUAUGGUCAUUAGGACUAAUAUUUUAUGAAAUGUUAUUUGGUACUCUACCAUGGAUGGCAACUAACUAUAUGGAAUUGAUAUACAGAAUUAAUAAUUGUAAAUUAACUUUCCCAAAGAAUAACAAAAUCUCAAAAGAAUCUCUUAGCUUUAUUUAAGGAUGUUUACAUAAGGAUGAAGUUUAACGAUUAAGUUGGAAUAGUGUCUUUCUUCAUCCUUUAAUUAAACCAUAAAUGAAAAUCCCCAUAGAUCCAGGAAUUAAUGAAAUCUUUAGUCCCAAAUUUUCAACACAUAGAUAAAUUCAAUCUAAUGAUAAAUCAACACUUCCAACUCUUAGAGAAAGAAGUUGUUCUGGAAAGAAUCCAUAAAAUAAACAAUCUAAUGAAAUUAAUAUAGAAUAAAAAUAAGAACUACCUCCUGCAACUUCAAGUUAAUAAUCUACUGAAGGUGAAGAGAAUACAAAAUUAGGAAAAUAUUAUCUUCCUAAAUAGUAAGAGAAAUUUAGAAGAACAAGAUCAUAAUUUGAAAAUAUUAAACCUAAUUAAACUGAAAUCAAUCCUAAAAGAUAUAUCUAAUAACCUUUACCAUCUAAUUGUAAUAUUAUCAAAUAAACUUUUCCAAGUAAAAAACGACUUCAUUUUGAAUUAUUUUAAAAAAACAAUGCUUAGAAAUUGAAAUCAAAUUCUGAAACAAUUAUUUAAUUACUUGAUUUAAUAACUUCAUUAGAAAAGGAUGUAAAAAAUUAAGAUAUAGAUUUAGAAGCAUUUCUUAAUAAAGAAAGAAUUGCAAUUACAAAUGGACAAUAAAAUUAAGCUUUAAGGAUUAAAAUAGCCUAAAGGUAUGUUGAGAAACUUGAAAGUAGUAAGAAAAGAAAAUUAGAAACCUAUAUUAGUUUAUUAUAGAAAGAUCAAAAUUAUGAAGAAAAUAAUCUAUAAAAGAAUAAUGUUGCACAUUUGCUGUAUUAAUCUUGA